GACUGGUCCGUCCUUUAUUGCGCUCCCCCCUCUGCCUUUGCCACCUGCCUCCCUUCAAAAGAGCGCCAGGGCUGUCGCACAGAGGUUGUGGGAAUGGCUAUACGAGUGUACAGCUCGACUCUUGCUCAACUCAAACUGCAAGCAGAGCAGUGUGGAUGUCAUGGCCCAGGUUAUGCAACCCCUCUGGAUGCUAUGAGAGGUCCACGAGAGAAGCUGAUCUACGUGCCCUGCAUCUUAACUGGGACUGGAACACAGCAGCCUGAUUACCUUGCUACGGUGGAUGUGGAUCCGGAAUCUCCCUGCUAUUGCCAGGUGAUCCAUCGCCUUCCCAUGCUGUAUAUCGACGAUGAGCUUCAUCACACAGGGUGGAACGCCUGCAGCAGCUGCUUCGGAGACACCAGCAAGAAGCGUAACCGCCUGGUCCUGCCCAGCCUGGGGUCUUCCCGCAUUUACAUAGUGGAUACGGGGACGGACCUGCGGGCCCCCAGGAUGUUCAAAGUUAUUGAGCCCAGGGAAGUCUUUGAGAAGUGCAACUUGACUUUCCCACACACCUCCCACUGCCUGGGCAGCGGAGAGGUGAUGAUCAGCGCUUUGGCCGACACGCUUGGCAACGGGAAAGGCGGAUUCAUCCUUAUUGACGCGGAGACCUGGGAAGUGAAAGGGACCUGGGAGCGGCCGGGGGACGAGCCCCCGCAAGGCUACGACUUCUGGUACCAGCCCAGGCACAAUGUCAUGAUCAGCACCGAGUGGGGAGUGCCCAAGUACUUUGCGAACGGUUUCAACCCAGAGGAUCUGAAGAAAGAGCGCUACGGGCGUCGGCUGAACGUCUGGGACUGGACGACUCACUGCCUCAUCCAGCAGAUUGAUGUUGGAGAGGAUUCCGCCCCGCUGGAAAUCCGGUUCCUACAUAACCCCGACGCCGCACACGGAAUGGUGGGCUGCACAUUGCAGAGUUCCAUCCAUCAUUUCUUCAAGACAGAGGACGGGGACUGGGCGGCCGAAAAGGUGAUCCAGAUUCCAAACAAGAAGGUGUCCGGGUGGUACUUUCCUGAAAUGCCAGGUUUCGUCACCGACAUCCUCAUUUCGAUGGACGACCGGUUCCUCUACUUGAGCAACUGGCUGCAUGGCGAUCUCCGCCAGUACGACAUCACCAACCCGUUCUGCCCUAAACUGGUUGGCCAGGUGUUUGUUGGCGGGAACAUUUACAAAGGCGGCGUGGUGACCGUCUUGGAAGACGAUGAGCUGGACUGCCAGCCCGACCCGUUUAUGAUCCAGGGAAAGAGGGUCUAUGGCGGACCUCAGAUGAUUCAGCUCAGCUUGGACGGCAAGAGGCUGUACACAACGACCUCUUUGUACACACCUUGGGACAAGCAGUUUUACCCUCAGAUGGUCAGGGAAGGCUCAGUCAUGCUGCAAAUCGACGUGGACACCGAGAACGGCGGCCUCUGUGUGAACCCGGACUUCCUGGUGGAUUUCGGGAAGGAGCCCUUCGGUCCUGCUCGCGCUCACGAGAUGCGCUACCCUGGGGGAGAUUGCACCUCGGACAUCUGGAUCUAGGCGGAUCUAGGUGAUCUGGGCAGCCAUUUCUCUCCCCUCCUUCCUCCUGCUAAGCUAACUUUACGGGAGCGUGUUUGAGCAUCUCUUCGUCACAGGUUUCAACCCUUUAAAAAUGUCUGUAUGCACCUGCUGAGUCAUGGGAGUCCCUCUCUCUCCCGGGUCAGCGGUUUUCUUCCCUGCUUGCCUCCAAAGUAUUUUUUUAAAUAUGUAUUUCGUACAACAAUAAACCAAUCUAAAGGGCGGGGGAGAGAACUGCAUAGGGUGGUUUUGGCACUCAACUCAUUGCAUGACAAGACUGUUGAAAACAGAGCUUCAGAAAAUGAAUAAACAUUUUUUUAAAUCUCA